AUGCCAGAUAUAAAACAUUUACGUGUUUUUGGUACUGUCGUAUAUACACACAUACCAAAACAAAAACGUAAGAAGUGGGAUCCAAAGAGUGAAAAAGACAAAUUAGAGUUCACAGAUACACCGACUCAGAUCAAAGACGAUCCGGUCAAGGUCGAAUCGACGAUGGUCGACAACAGGAGUGGCAUGGUAUUGCGGGAUCGGAACACAUUAAAAGCGCCGAUCAGGUACAAUGUGUCGUCGUUCAUCGCCAAUUGCAACCAGCCACUAAAUCGUGAUGAAGCAAUCAGUGCCCCACAUAAAAAUGAAUUGGAGGACGCUAUGCACGAUGAAAUAACGUCGUUACACGAAAACAACACUUGGUCACUAGUUAAUUUGCCUCAGGGCAAGGUUGCAUUAC